AUGUUUAUACUUUCUCGCGCCAUUAAAAAUGCUUCACUUAAAUUACUCUAUAAGACAUCCCAGAAUUCUUAUGGUAUCUCAUUUGGAGUACGAUAUAGGACGGAGCAAACUUUUAAUAUGCGAAAAAUUAAGCAGCUUGUAUCAUUGCUUGGAACACAACGCAAAGAAAAGACGUUCAGGCAAACAUUUAAUUUUGAUCCUGUCUUACAAAUUGCGCAUAGGUUAGCAUUAGCAGGAAAAAACGAUGACAUCGUAACAGAAUUAAUUUCAGCAUUUCGAAUAAGUGAAGUUGUUAAGGAUAUUCAUCAUCUACUUGCAGUUGAGAGUGGUGAAUUAAUUUUCAAGGACGAUAUAACAUUGAAGCCUUCAAAACUUUUUGAAGAUGUAAUGGAAAGGCUUGAAAGUGCAAGAAGAACUAUAGUCGAUACAUACUUAUUAGAAGCGGUUGACCAUGCAUACGAUCCGAAAACUUAUAACAUUGGAGACAAAUUAGCAAUAUACCCAGAGUAUGAUAUCACAUCCCAAAAUGUUGAAAGCAAUUUGACUUUAAUGGGUUCGGUUGAUUACAUUUCUGCUGAAAGAGUGGAAUCUAGUAAUGGUAAGUUGGUAAGUUGCUAA